UCUUGACUCUGAAACUAUGGCUUUCCUUAAACUUAGCCUCCUCCUACUCUUUAUGCUUGUUCUUCAUGGUGUGCGCUGCAAACCAAUGUAUCACAAUAAUGAUGAAGAAGAUGAUCUCUUCGAAGGACUCAAUGGUUACAGGUCAUCAUCAAAUCUCCCCAACUUCACAGAGAACAGCAAUGCAGCUUGCCUUGCUGAAAAAGUUGCAGACAAAUUAGAUGCCCUAUCUUGUGAAAAUGCCUUCGACUACAGCUCUGCUCCAGGCAACAAGCCUAAUUUCACUGACUUUGACAAGCUCCUGGAUAAGUGUGACAUAAAUGGCAACAACACACUUGAUGGGGUCAUAUUGCCUGUUUGUGUGCCCAAAUUAGACCCAACUGCAGUCCUUUCUAAUUAUACAAAUUCUCAAUAUGCAAAAUAUCUUAAUGAUUCCAGCUACACCGGGGCCGGGAUUGGCUCUGAGGAAAACUGGAUGGUGGUCAUUUUGAGCACUAACACAUCAACUGGAAGCUUUUCCAGUGCAGCUUCUUUGAUUGCUAAUAUAAGUAACUACCUGGCGGCUUUGUUCUUUGGAUUGCUUGUAAUUUCAGUGAGCUGAAAUGCUCCAGGUGCUUGCCAUUUAUACAAAUUUUCCUCUUUUUUUCAGUGUGUUUGAUGUGUAAAGUCGUGAACUUGGCAGAGAGUGUUUCUCUUUAUGUAACAUAUUAUGAUUGUGAUC